ACCCAUCAAGGAAAAUGGCGACUGUGGAAUGGAUGGAAGACGAAAGUGAGCAAUAAUUCAAUGCAACGAUUAAAGUGCAUAUCGUUAGCAUUCACACCGUUUAAAGAGUUCAGCCACAGACAUGUCUGCUCUGACUGACAUGGAUGAGGAGGAGAAAGAUCCUGAUCCUGUGAUCGACACUCUAUGUCUUCUUCAGGAUCCAGUGAAAAAUCAGCUGCCCUUGUUUGUGGAAACACUGGACAGGCCUCAGACUUCUCCCCUGAGAGAAAAUAGCAGUGUCCUUGAUGUUCUCUCAAACUCAAAUGUCUUGUCUGUGAAUGGACCUUCUUCGCACCAAGCCUUCGAAUCAGAUGAGCUCAACAGCUCGUCGACAGACAAAGAAGAAAAGAGUAUUACUCAAUUGAAGACUGUGCAAGACAUUGACACUACAGGGAUAUGGGGUUUCGAUGUGGAAUCUUCUGAGAAUUCAAUUGAUAAUUAUGAAGGUCCACUGAACUGGGACCCUCAGAGAGAAUUCAUGCAAUUUCUGUGGGACAACCAUGAUGAUUCUCCUGUGGAGGAGCAACCAAAGGCAGAUCCUCCCCCAAAUAACCAAAGGAGAAGAAAACGCAAAAUGGACAUGGUAGUCAUGGUAGAUCCCUCAGAGGAGCUUUACUCUGAUUCAAGCCUCAAGUCAACAAAUGACUUAUUUGAAGAGGAUGAUCACGAAGACCCUGUUCCCAUCAACAAAGUCCGCUCAUUACGAAAACACUCCAAACCUCGGUCUCCCGCAGCAAAGAAGGCAUCAUAUCCCAAUGGAACUGUAGAGGCCAUAAAGCAAAUUAUUUUCAGCGCCCCAACCAGAAGUUCGUGUGAGACAAGCGUGGCUCACAGCCUUACGCCACAGAAAAGGACAGCCUCUUCUUCGGAGAAGGAGCCAUUGUUUUAUCCCUGCACAAAAUGUACCAUCAAUUUCAAGGAGAAGAAUCAUUUGCACCGGCACAUGAGGACUCACACAGAUCAGCCCAGUCCGAUCAACAUGCCAAAGCCUUUCAUAUGCAGGGAGUGUGGACAGUCUUUCCGUUUUCGCAAUUCCCUUCUUCGACACAUGACCACUCACCAGGAAAGGAGAGAGAGACUCAUGGAGGAGAUCAAGGGCAUGAAUGAAUUGAAGGACGAGGGCACGGAUGCAAGACUACAGUGCCCCCAGUGCACUUUUGGAACAAAUUGUCCGAACACUUUUGUUCAACAUGCCAAGACUCAUGAGAAGGAUAAGCGGUACUACGACUGUAAGAAGUGUAAUUACAUGGCUGUGACAGUGUUUGAACUUGAGAGGCAUGUAAACAAAGAGCAUAGGCUGUGUAAAAAGAGAGAAGAGUCCACAGAGGAAUGUAAGUCAAAGGAAGACAAUGAAACACCUCAUUCGUACUCAUGUAAUAUUUGUUCUUAUGGCACCUCAAGCAAAAGGGUCUUUAAAAAUCAUCUUGAGAUUCGUCAUAAUCAGACAUUCGAGGAAUAUGAAAAAAAUGAGUGUGAACAACCACGUCCUGAGAAGCAUUUUCCCAUUAGAAAAUCCCAGAAAGUAGAUCCCAUUUCUUCAGAGUUGACAUCAAAAUUCUCUGUGAAAAAACAGGCUUUUAGAAAAAGAACCGAUUUGCCCUCUGAUUCAAAUGACAUUUCUGAUCUUUUCAAAAAGGAUAAGAUUGUUCACAGAGUAAACAGAGGCUUCAAAACUCAACCCACAGAGUCAAAACUUGACAAGUCAAUAAAUAAUCUAUUGUCUCGGCAAAGACAUGACAAGCAGAGGAAUGACAAAAUGGAUGUCACUGCUGGCUUUUCUUUUGUUGAGAAGACAAAUGGGGACAAUAGUGAUUUUGGACGAACACUGUCAGGAAUUUCAGAAAAUACCAAUUCUCCCUCAAAAAGCCGCAAACAUUUGUUGGCAUCUAAGUUGGAGAAUAAUAUCUUCAAUUCCAGCCAUGAUUCCAGUUUAAGUGGCAAUAUUAGUGCAAACCUCAACAGCAAGAAUGUUUCUAAACUUGUUGUUGAAAAGCCAGUGAUGAAAAAGUCUCCUUCCAAAAGAAAAAUGUCUACCCCUUAUCGCAAUACUGUUGACCAGGACUCUUGCUUCAUUUUACCAAAAAACUUGCAAAGUCCAAAGAUGCAAAAUAUCGCAGAGGAGAUGGAAGACCACGAUGAUAAGGAAGGCUUCCAAUAUAGUGACUAUGACACAGAUACUGACACUAAAUGUCUUGAUGAAAGUGAAAUAAAGCAGGAAAAGCUCUACAUUGGUAACAUUCAUUCCUUUAACAAAAGAAUGUCCAUAAGGGGAGUCCCUGGAACAUCUGAAGACCUUUUUGAGAGAGGCCACGAAAGACUCUUGCAGAAGACUGUUGUCAAAGAGGAGUCCAUUGAAACACAGAUCUUUGGAGAGACCAUGGAGUCCAGUUCUGUUCCAUUAGGCAAAUCUUUUUCAGAUCCUGAUUCAGAAGGGGGUGCAGAGCGGAAGACCUGUCCUUACUGUCCUGCUGUGUUUGAGUCAGGUGUAGGGUUAUCCAAUCAUGUGAGAGGGCAUCUGCAUAGGGUUGGACUGAGCUACAAUGCACGUCAUGUGGUGUCUCGGGAGCAGGUGGCUUCUCAAGACAGGAAACCUCGCAUUCGCCGAAAGAUGGUAGCAAUGCGACGAUUGAAAAAAGCGCACAAGUUGGGCUCUGAGGAACCUCUGGUCCGAGGGCACUCCUGCCCAUUAUGUGGAGACUCUUUCGAUAAUAAGACUGGGCUGUCUAACCACAUUCGGGGCCACCUAAAACGGCUUGGCAAAACCAUCGCCACGAAGUCCAAGUCCCCAAUGUUGCUGCUGCGGGAACUGAUGCGUGACAAGAGGGAGUUCCAGAGAGCUCUGCAGAUCCUAGGCAAGAAAAGGAACUUUUCCCAUUCCAGAAUCCCCUCAAAGCAGGCCGCCUCCAAUCACCUGACACCGCCUAAACAGAAUAUCAUCCAGAACCUCUACAACGAUGCCAAACAGCCGGAGCCCACGUACUCUCUACCAGGGAAGACACUGGAAAAGAAGCAAGGAGAGACUAAGAUGGAGAUGAAAGGAUCACUCUCGAGUGCCUUGAUAGGAAUUCUGAAGAAGAGGAAGUGUCAGGAGGACUCAAAAUUUAGGACUUCCUCUGUAACGGCAAGAAAUGCCCUGGCCGGUCCCCCGACCAGCGAGCACAGUAGAGGAGCACAAGUCAACUCAUCACUGCCAAACUCCACAUCAGAAAAGGGGGAAUUCAACAGGAAGGUGUGUGUCCAUUGCAAUGCAACCUUCCACAGCGGGGUUAGUCUGUCCAAUCACCUGCGGGCAUAUGCAAAACGAAAGAGGACUGCCUUGCUGGAGGGAACAACAUAUGACUGUAAACAGAGGAGGCAGAGGUCGAGGCCUGGUUCCAAGAAGAAGUUGUCCCUCACUACGCCCCACGCACCAGAGGAGAUGUAUAGACUAACCUGCAGAUUCUGUGACCUAGUCUUCCAGGGUCCCUUGUCGGUGCAGGAGGACUGGAUAAAGCACCUACAAAGGCACAUAAUGAACACCAGUGUGCCCCACACUGGGGCAGGCAUGAGGGAGAUCACCUCAAUGCCCAAGAACCCCUCCUCCCCCACUGAAAGACAGACUUCAUCACUGGCAACUAACACUGCCUCCUAAGCCAAGGGGACCUAGUUUAAAAAAAACAACAAAAAAAAAUCUAAAUUUUCCUUCAGUUGCGUGUAUGUGUUUGUACAUUGGAUGUUCCUUCACAGUUUUUUAAUAAUCAUAAUUGGCAAUUGAAAAAUGCUUUUGGUAGUUUGACUACCCAAUCUCUUAAAACGUUCUGUUUUUUUGGAUAUUGUUACGUUUUUAUCAGCAUUUUAAAAUGUCCCUUGUUUGGAAUAUGACUCCAUUUUGUCUGACUCAUUUCUGGUGUUUAUGCAGUGAGCCAGCCGGAUCUCAGAAGCUUACAUAAAUGAUAUACAGUUCCAGUCAAAAGUUUGGACACUUACCCAUUCAAAUGACAGGGAUACAUAUUAUUUAUGCAGGUUAGCGAGAGCGAGCUACCUCGCGAGUCUAGCAGUAACGUAGUGUGGAACUCAUUUUCAACGGAGACAACUCUUACCUCAGAUUCCUAAAAUCUCUGUCCAUUUGGUCCAGUUCGGGAGCACCUUUUCUCUGUACAUUGAUAUAUUUACAUUUAUACUAGACAUGAAAACAUGAAAACGGGACAAGUACAAUCCUCUUUCUGUAUUUUAACAUGUAUUCAAAUCAUGAUCAUAUUGCUACCAUUUGUUUAUGGGGAGGGGUUUCUGGGUAAGGAAGUACUUUGAUGGGGAAUCUACCUGAAGGGUUAGGAUUAGUUGAUGACUAUCAAUAUGGUUAAGUUUGGUGUGUGAGCUAAUUACAGAACAAGAUGUUGGAAACAUUGAGGGCAGCAAUUAGCCAUUAGAUCAUUGGACCGGUAACCAAAAUAUUUCUGGUUAGACUCUCGGAGCCCACGUGGUGAUCUCUCAAUCUGCCCUUGAGCAAGGCACUUAACUGUAAUUGCUCAAGGGUCACUGUCAAUAAUGGCCGAUCCCUGGUUGUGACCCCACUCCCCAUGGGUAUUUCAGGGAUAGUGGGAUAUGCAGAAAAAAUGUCUAUUUCUCACCAACACACUUUUAGAACACUUGUACGCGUGUGGAACACGAUAUUUUGUCCUUUAUAAUGGAUGUCAGGGGUUUUAACAUACUGCAGUUAUUUGCAUAUUAGCUCCAACUCCAAAAUGAAAAGGAUUUUAUCAGUCACAUUGUGUUCUUUAUGCUGGGGUCACAGCGUGUUGCUUCAUGAAUAACGGUCAUCUAUAUUUAAUGUUUUUUAACUGUUUCAAAAAUAAUGCUGUUUUGUGUUUUUAAAUAAUUUAUGUUUAAAUGUAUAUCAUACGGAUAUGACGCUGAAACCAUUUUUGCGAUGUUAUAAAUAAAAUAAAAAAAGUAUGGUUUAGUCA